AUGUUCAAAUCCUUGUGGGUGGUGUGGUUCGGCUUGAUUGUAGUCUUGGUGGCUUUUUCCAUGUCCAGAGUGCCACUUUCUCCACAGACUUUUACGGCUAGUUUUGAAUUUUCGAGUGCUAGAGAUGCCUUUGAAGUGUUGAAGACAACGACCCUCAUGUUUAAAUUGCAACCAUUUGUUGACAAGAUCAACAUUGUGUUUGUUAACGAGACUCAUCGAACUGUUGAUUUCUCAGAGAAAAUUCCCAUUCUCGGAAAUUCAACCUAUAUCCGUACAGUCACCAUGCGUGCAGAACAACAAUUUGACUCGUCUCGAAAUGAAAUUAUUUCGAUGGUACCAUUUCCGUUAAAAUUGGGUCAUUUGAUCGCCAACUUGACAUUUGUGGAGUCGACCAAUAUUUCAAAAAAUUCUGCCAACAUACAACAUGGAAAAAAGGUCGCCAUUUCAUGCAUAGAGGUGCUGAGAGGUGAAACGUGGUGGAUAUUUAAAUCAUUUGUGGAGAGCUCAGUGCAGGAAGCUCAUUCUAAACUUAUUUCAGACAUUGCAAAUUAUUUCAACAAUACCAGAUCAUAA